AUCGAUUGAAACACUUGCUGAAAAUGACAGGCCGCAGCAGCACCUCGCUGAGAAUAAUCCGAUUUCUGAAAGUGGUGGCGUUAAGUCUCUUACUCACGCUGCUUAUUUUGUUUCUCUUGGCUACAGCAAGGACUUUCACGUUAGAAGUAAAUUCAGGACUUCAGCUUGCACAGUGGGAGAAAACAACAUACAUAUCGGCUGAUAUAAGCACUGAACAGAGGGCGGGCCUGCUCGCAAAUUUCAAAGAUGCCAUUCGUAUUCCGACUGUGUCAUUCUCAGAGACUCACCAGAACACAAGUGCUCUGCAAGAGUUUGACCAUCUUCUAAAAAGAGUCUUCCCAACAAUCUUCUCAUCCAAUCUGGUUAUGCAUGAGGUGGUGGGGAAUUACAGCCACCUGUUCACCGUGUCAGGCACCGAUCCUGAGCUGGUGCCUUACAUGCUGCUGGCACAUAUUGACGUGGUGCCAGCCAAUGAGACUGACGGGUGGGAGGUGCCACCCUUCUCAGCCGAAGAGCUGAAUGGAUUUAUUUAUGGACGAGGAACCAUCGACAAUAAACAGUCUGUCAUGGGGAUCCUUCAGGCUCUGGAGUACUUGUUGGAGCGAGGAUAUGUUCCACGGCGAGGGUUCUACAUUGGCCUGGGUCACGAUGAAGAGAUAAGUGGCUAUGUUGGAGCUGCAAACAUAGUCAAAGUGCUACAGAGUCGUGGGGUGAAGCUACAGUUUCUUGUAGAUGAAGGCCUUGCUGUACUGGAUGGAAUUAUAAGUGGUCUGAAUGGACCAGCUGCGGUGAUAGGUAUCAGUGAGAAAGGGCAUGCCACAGUAAAGCUGAGUGUGAGUAUGAAGCCAGGCCAUUCGUCCAUGCCUCCCAAGCAGAGCAGCAUUGGCAUCCUGGCUGCUGCAGUCACAAGGUUGGAGGAAUACCCAAUGCCUAGACUGUUUGGCUCUGGUCCUGAGCAAAGCACUUUUGAACAUCUUGCACAUAAGUUCAGCCUGCCUCUCAGAUUCAUCAUGUCCAAUUUGUGGCUUUUCAACCCUUUGAUGAGCAGGGUAAUGGAAAGGAGGCCUGAUAUGAAUGCUUUUGUGCGGACUACCACAGCAGUCACUAUGUUCAACGCUGGUGUGAAGGUCAAUGUCCUUCCAUCACAUGCAGAGGCUGUUGUGAACCUGCGCAUCCACUCUGCCCAAACACUGCAAGAGGUACUGGAAUUGAUUGAAUCCACUAUAUCAGAUGAUCGUGUAAAAGUAAAGCUGAUGAAAGGCUUUGACCCCCUGCCCAUCAGUUCCUAUGACGAGCAGUCGUUUGGGUUUCAGAUUAUAAAGAAAACAGUGUUGGACAUGUUUCCUGAGGUCACUGUUGCUCCAGGUAUCUGUGUUGGCAACACUGAUAGCCGUCAUUAUACCCCGCUGACCAAGGACAUUUAUCGCUUCGCCCCAACCUGGUUCAAACCAGGUGACCCCCAGAGAUUCCAUGGCAUCAAUGAAAGGAUCUCUUCCAAGAAUUACGAGGAGAUUGUCCUUUUUUACUUUCGACUCAUCCAGAACUGUGACAACAAAAACCUACCACCAUCGCACACCAGCCAACAUGAACUCUGAUCUGUUCUGGUAAAGUGUGUUUCAGGCCUCUUAUGUAAUUAACAAUUAACAAUUAAAGGCAAAAAAGAUUGCCUAAUCAAAACAUCCAGAUAUUUUGAUGUAUGAGGCAAUUUGCGAUUUAAGAUUGAUUGCUCAGUUUAUUCCAGAUUGUCUGAAUUUUUGUGUGAAUGAAUUUGACUUUAGCACUUUAAUCAGUGGCAGCCAAUCUCAGGGAUCAUUUUAAAUGCAAUGUGAUAUACACAAAUGAAGGAAUGUUGUAUCCAAAUCAUAUGUUAACGUAACUGGAGUAGGGACUGAAUUUUAUGAUAUCAUACUAUAAUCAUAUAGUGGUAAUGAAAAUGGGAUGAAUUGGUAAUUGGCCAUUUAGUCUUCAGUCAAUAGGAACAAUUUUUAAAUGAGGGGAUGAGAUUUAGAUGAGAUGAUCAGUUUUAGUUGCUUUGGAAAUAACAAGAGCUCUGCUGCUUAAUAUUAUCAUGAUGCUUACAUACUGAUUCCAACUUAUGAUAUGUCAUUUCUUUAUUAUCCCUGUUUCAAAAUAAAUGUGAUUGAGGUUUUUAAGGGCAAAUAAUGACUUCAAACUUAGGAAUUAGAGAUGCACCUAUACCGAUAAUCGAUUAUUCAGAGUGAUAUUGGACGAUACCGAUAACCGAUAUCGAUAGUUCUGCCUUUUAUACCUUCUUUUAAAUUAAUAAUAAUUAAUUCCACAACUCUGAAAGAAAUACAAAUAAAAACUUUAUUCUCUCCAUUUCAACAAGUUGUUUCACAGUAGCUGGUCUCUCAAACAGAAAACACAUUACUCAAAUUAACGUUAACACAUGAACUAAAUUCUGAAGAUUAAAGUAAGAUUUCUUAACUUAUUGAAUAUUAUUAAUUCAUAUUAACAUUGACUGAAUUCUAAAAAACCUCCUGUUAGUCUCACAUUCACUCACCACAAGCAAAAGCAUUUCUACUAUAUCACUGAACAUCAAACUGGUAAUAUAUAAUAUCAACUUUUUUAUAUAUUAACAUUAACUGGAUAUGAAAUACACUACAAAUAUACUUGAAAUACACUACAAAUAUUACAGAGCUUACAAACUGCAGUUUUGUCAUCAUUCCACACAAGAGACAUCUUCUUUACACACAGCACGAAAUGAUGUGUUUUCCCGCCCUCUUUUGAUUGACAGGAUAUAAUCGGCCCUGAUCAUCGGAUGUUUUUAAACUAUCGGCCGAUGGUCCAUAGUGCGAAAAUAGCCUUUUGGUAUUGGUAUAUAAUUGGUAUUGGCUAAUACAUCUGUGCAUCUCUAAUAGGAACGUAUACUGUAAGUCCUGUGUUGCUAAAAUAACACUAAUACAGGAUGUUGUUAAAAGCUUACCAUGUAUGGUCAAAGGUUUGUGGACACCUGACAGUCAAACCCAUACAGUAUGUGCUGGUUGAACAUCCCAUUCCAGAUUUAGUCCCCCUUUGCGUUUAUACUUCCACUCUACUAGGAAAGCUUUCCAGUAGAUUUUGGAGCGUGACUGUAUGGAUUUUCCAAUUUAGCCGUAUGGGAAUUGGCGAGGUGAGG